CUUCCUGUUAGCUUUAGAAACGGAAAAAAAGUAUAUGAACAGUAAUGAAUGUGUCGAUGAUCUAAGUUGUAACUUUCUAAGUGAUCUAUUGGUUUUCUUAAUCAAUUUUCCUAAAAAAACAAUGGCCAUGGAUGUGAUGGCAGUGGAGAAUAUCAUUCAAAAAGCUAUUGGAAGCAAAUCAGAAGUUGUGAAUUUAAGUCACCGCAAUAUAAAAGUUCUGUCAAACAAUGUUAGUCAACUAACACAUGUCAUUAGACUUUUACUGAAUGAUAAUGAGAUUUUAAUGCCUCCAACUGAAAUAACACAGCUCUUACAAUUACAGGAGCUGGUAUUGAAUAACAACAAAUUGACAAUGUUGCCACAUGGUGUUGGCAAGCUUCAGAAUUUGACUUAUUUGAAUUUAUGUGGAAAUCCACUAGGAUUUCUACCUGAUGAGUUCUGUGAUCUUAUAAACUUGCAUCAGCUAUGGUUAGUUAACUGUCAGCUGAAAUCAUUACCUAAUGACAUUGGAAACCUGAAAUCACUUGAGAAGUUUAGUGUUCGUGAAAAUGCACUUAGAUCACUACCAAAAUCUUUUUAUAAUUUAAUAUCAUUACAUUGGCUUUGCUUGGCAGAAAAUAUGUUUGAAGAAUUAUCAUCAGAAUUUAAAGACUUUAAACAGCUAACAUAUUUGAAUUUAAACUACAAUUGUCUCGCAGAAGUGCCCAGUUGUGUUCUUGAGAUGUCAGAAUUAGUUACAUUACUUUUAAAAAAUAAUGUUAUCAAAACUGUUAGUGAUGAUACUAUUCUUGGACUUGCAAAGUUAACAAAGUUUGAUUUAAGAGAUAAUAUGAUUGAUAUAAAACCGGAUCAUUGGAAGGGUUUAGAUUACAUUUUAAUGGGUAAAAGUGGAUUAGAUGAAGAUGUUAGUGUGGAUGAUGAUGUGGAGGAAGAUGAUGAUGAAGAUGAAGAAGAAGAAGAUGAUGACAGUGAAAAUAAUGAAACUGAUGAAACAAAAAAAUAAAAAUGUUCCCUUUU